UACAACUCCCAGAAUUGCUGGUGAGCAUGUUGAACACUGUACUCCCAUCAAGGAAGGCUCCCCGUUGGAGGCGGCUGGUGUUUCUAUCUCCUAUUUCCUCUUGAAGGGAAUGGCACUUGCCUUCUCUUUCAGACUUCUCUGCCAACAUGGGGAGUAAGACUUUGCCUGCCCCAGUACCCAUCCACCCUUCCCUGCAGCUUACCAAUUACUCCUUUCUCCAAGCCUUCAAUGGCCUGCCUGCAGUGCCUUCGGACCACCUGCCCAACCUCUAUGGUUUCAGUGCCCUCCAUGCUGUUCACCUUCACCAAUGGACUUUGGGCUAUCCUGCCAUGCAUUUGCCCCGCUCAUCUUUCUCCAAAGUGCCUGGUGUGACCAGCCUAAUGGAUGCCAGAUUCCAGUUGCCUGCCUUCCCAUUGUUCCCACACGUCAUCCAUCCCAAGCAUGAAGCGGCAAAUGUGCCACUCAAAGCCAAGCCUAGAUUUGAUUUUGCAAACCUUGCUGUGGCUGCCACCCAAGAAGAUCAUUCAAAACUGGGACAGAUAGACAACCAAGGCUCUUCUGCAGGCCUGGGCUCAUUGCUUGAAGUGACCAAACUUUCCCCUGAGAAGAAACCCACCCGUGGGAGGUUACCCUCCAAAACCAAGAAGGAGUUUGUGUGCAAAUUCUGUGGCAGACACUUCACCAAGUCAUACAACCUUUUGAUUCAUGAAAGAACCCAUACAGAUGAAAGGCCAUAUACCUGUGACAUUUGUCAUAAGGCCUUCAGAAGGCAAGAUCACCUGAGGGAUCACAGAUAUAUCCACUCAAAAGAAAAGCCUUUUAAGUGUCAAGAAUGUGGAAAAGGAUUUUGCCAGUCCAGGACUCUAGCUGUUCACAAGACACUGCACACACAAGUAAAGGAACUUAAACCUUCCAAAAUGAAAUGCUAAAGAUUCUAGCCCCCAUGAACUUCAUCUCUCCACUUCACUCUACAUUUUAGAUCAAAUUCUUGACAGAGACAAUGGGGAACACUGAACAUAAUUAAUUUAAUACUUAAAAAAAAAUCAAGAAAACCACAACCCAAUAUGCACAAAAAAUGCAGUCAGUCUUUCCAAAACCUGGGUACUUCCAAGUGUAAAUCCUGCAUGACUUCACUAAACUUUACGUCAAAAGGUGGUGCUCAAGGAUUGGAGAGGGAGCUUUGUCCUCAGCUUAAAUACAAACAACAAAUAGCUUUCUACCUCCCUAAUUAAGUUUAGUGACUUGUUUAAAAGUGUCUCCUUUAUAUCCUUUGGAAAAGAAAAUCUAGAAGAUCAUUAUCACUAACUCCACAUUUGGGCCACAGCUGACACGGGAGAGAAGAUCACUGAUAAACUGUGUUGAAAAGAGGAAACAGUCUGAGGAGAUUCAUGUCAUGAAGGAGGCCCUGCCAUCUUCUCCAGAUUUUAACACUUCUGUCUUUGGUGGACGGGGGUUGUGGGGAUCUCUUCUGCAUGCUCUGGUGAGCAUCCUGCAGUUUCUGUUUAUUUGUGGUCUGGUGCCUUAGGAGGUAGUUUGUAAUUUGAAAGAAAAAUUGGAAGGAAAACCAAGCAAACAAAAUCAGCCAACCAGCAAAAAACAACCAAGGUGACAAAAGGGAAACUUGAUAACAAUAAAUCAAAGUGACUGCUGUGCACAGUGUGGUCUCAGUGGUACUUUCAAGUUAGCAUGUGUCCAGAUGAGAGUGAACUGAGUUUUAUAAAAGGGGGGCAGGAGAGUUUGCUGACAAAUCUCAACAUGAGCAUUUUAUCUAGAAUCAUCUUUAUUUUUUUUUUCUAAGCAGUGUAAAAAGAAAAAAAAAAGGCGAGACAUUCCAAUAUGUUUUUGGUUUAAAGUUAUUGCUAUUUGGCACUUUAUGCUGAUUCUUGAUAAUGAACAUUUAUCACUGGAUUUAUUAUUUUUUUUAAGUAUUAAAAUAAAUUGGUAUUUUA